CGUUCCCCAGGGAAAGCAAAGCAAAGCAAAGCAAGGAAAUAAGAAAGGAAAGAUUGCGAAUGUCCGAGGCUUUGAAGGAUGAAACCCACAACAGCCUCACCUGGCCCUCACCGUGUACUGCGUACCGACCCUGUCCUAACCCACGCCGUCAGCUCGUGUUCUCGUCUCACCACAUCCCCUCCACAUCUUUGCUAUAAAUCUUACCCAUGGCGAUGAUACAUCCGGCUGAUGGAGGAGGUGGGAUGGCUGCCGCCCCGGAGGAAAAGUCUGUAGAGUCACGAUCCCACAUGGAGCAUCCCGCAUCGCAAGGCCCUACGCCCCAGAGAAAUUGCCCCGUCGCAGGCGCUACGUACGCACUACACCGACGCGCGGGAAGCCAAUGCUGCAGCCGGAACCCCCGCAGCCUUCGAAUAGCGGCUGCAGGGCGGCGUGUCCAUUAUUGGCGUGCCCAUUAUUGUGUGAUAUAUCGCCCACUUGUGCUGGAGGUGAGGCGGACCAACACGCCGCGGUUCGCCUCACUUUUUGGGCCAACGAGCGUCCGGCACCUCACUGAGACAACAAGGCCCUCCGAGCACUGGCGGACGGGGGCUGGAUGCGGCUGCAGGGUGACGAGACUUUGCGGCGUCGUAGUCGUAUUGCCAGUGAAAUUGCCGACGAGGCUCUGGCCGUCCAAGGGGGAGGGGGUUUUGCUCGAGGGCGAGUAUAAGUGCGAGACGCGGCCGGCGAAGGAGGGUUGGUUUUGUCCACAACAACGAAGCCCGAAAGGGGCGGAUACACCACCACCUCGACAAGAUCCACCCCUUCUUCUUUUCUUCUUCCUCUCCUUAAUAAUACCAUCUUCUUAAUGAUUCUCUCAAUUUCCAAUGCCUCUGCGUUGCGCUGCUGAGCGAGCCGGCUCCUCGACACCAACACCCACAACACCGCGGCGAGCCAACGCAUCCCAAUUGCACCAUGGCACGCCCACAACAACAAAAACUACGUUGACCACGUUCACCGAACGGCCGGUCGUUUCCUG